UCUUGAUAACUUAAAAAUGUUUCUAAGUUCAUAUAAAUCACAGCAUACCAUAUUUGCUUGUGAUGGAAUGGAUAAUUAUUCAUCAUUUGAACAAUAUUCGAUUAAUGAACUUUGUGGUUUAUUAACUUCAUAA